AUGGGAGGCCCAUAUCCUGUACUCAGACGUGGUCGCAAGGCUUCCUCGAAGAGAAAGCGUGACGCCUCCCUACCUCGAGAACCGCAGAUCGAGGAUGAGUACCACGAGUAUGGCGAAUGGAACGGCUUCGAGGAUGCUCUUCCAGAGCCAGCGCCCAAGCCAGCACCUCGGCCUCCCACCUCUACCAAGACGCUCUCGCUGCCUCUUCGUCCCAGCACCAAACGCUUGAAGAAGGAGGUUGUCAAUACUGUUGGUGCGGUGGAACAAGUUGUGGUCGCCGAGAAAGGAGAUCAAGGUGUCAGGAGUGGCGGGAAGAAGAGCAAGAUCCAGAAGAGAGAGGAAGCUGGUCGGUCGAGGUUCAGCACGCGCGCACAGGAUGAGGAGGACUUAGUCGAGGGCGAGGCGAUCCCAUACGACACCACCGACACCGAGGACAGCGACGACAACUCCUCCGACUCCCAAGGUACCAUCAUCGCUCCCUCCGUCGCCCCGUCUUUCGCCCCCUCCCUACGCGGCCUCAUCUACUCCGCCGAGGCGCAAGCCCGCCAAGCCGACAUCGAUGCGAUCAGUCACUUCUGGGGCUCCUACCCACCCAUGGCUUUUCUCAAACUCCUCCGCGAAGAGCUCCAACCCCGCCGUCCCAAGACCGAGUCGAAGCUCAUCUUCGAAAACUGGGGCAAGGCUGUUUCCGCGGAGCUUGCUCGACUCGCGCGCCAUGUAGAUGUCGAGGAGGCGAAUGCGUACAUAGAGGCUGCGUACGCGGAGCGAACGGGUGGGCAGAGGUGGAUUGGGACGGGGGAUGUGCAGUUGGCGCUGAGAAAAGCGAGGAAGGAGGGGAAGAGGGAGAGAAUGAUCAAGCUGGAGCACGGUGUGACGUAUUUUGGGGAUGAGCGUCCUGAGAAAAAGAAGGAGAAUGGAGAGAAGGAUUGGGAACCGGGGCUUCGAACUGCGCUCGCGGGACUGGCGAGGUUUGUGGAUCGGGAAGAGGUUGAUAGAUUGAUCCAUGAAGCAUUUGAUGCCCAGACAACUGGGAGGGACUGGUUGAUAGCGGCCGAUGUUGGGAAUGCAAUUGACGGGAUUUAG